UCUUCCCGUGGCGCUGCUUGUCAACCCUCCGCGACACCCUCGCCCGGUCCCCGUAAACCGUAGCCAUGGCCCUUCUCCAGCACCGGCGCACCCGCGCCGCCGCGGUCCUCCUCUUUGUGUCGACCUUCGCGCUCACCGCAUGGGCCACCAGUAAAUCCGACCUCCCAUCCCCCGAAACUCUCUCCCUGGCCGAGCUCGACGCCCAACUACAAGAAUUCCCCAUAAUCCGCACCCUCUCGGACGCCAAAGCCGCCUCCCACGCCGCCGCCCCCUCCUCCAUCACGACCCGCCUCUUCGCCCUGCUCUUCCCCUCUUCGCACCCGGGUAUCAACGCGCUGCUCGCGACACUAUACAUCUCGGGCCCGCCGAAUUUUUUGCUGGCCCUCGUCCCCACCAACAUCGACCCAUCUUCGCUGUCCGUCAUGGUGGCGUUUGCCGUCGGCGGGCUGCUGGGCGACACGCUGUUUCACCUGCUGCCGGAGAUUUUCCUGGGGGAGGACGAGCCGGACCGGGUGAGGAUGGUGCUGGUUGAGCCAAACAGGAAUCUGUUGCUUGGCGUGGCGAUUCUGGUAGGGUUCUUGGUGUUUGUAGCGAUGGAUAAGGGGCUGAGGAUCGCCACGGGAGGUGGGGGAGAUGCGCAUGGGCAUAGUCACGGGCAUGGGCAUUCUCAUGCGGCUGAGAAGGGGGAAGGGAGGUCGAGCGCGGUUGUCGGGGAGGAAAAGGAGGGAGUGAGGUUGAGGAAGGGGACGGGAGACAGGGCUGAGGAGAAGAGGACGGAGCUCGUGGAGAAGGAGGUGAAUGCCUCGGUUAAGCUCGGCGGCGUCCUGAACAUGAUCGCCGACUUCACACACAACAUCACCGACGGCCUGGCCAUGUCGGCCUCUUUCUACGCGUCGCCCACCAUUGGGGCUACGACUACUGUCGCCGUCUUCUUCCACGAGAUACCGCAUGAGGUCGGCGACUUUGCCCUGCUGGUCCAGUCGGGUUUCUCGAAGCGGCAGGCCAUGGGCGCGCAGUUCGUCACGGCUGUCGGCGCGCUAAUCGGCACGCUUAUCGGCAUUGCGGUGCAAGAGUUUGGCGGCGGCGCCAGUGAGGGCGCGUCCAUGGGCAUGCGCGACGGCCUCUGGGGAACGAGUCUCACCUACGGCGACCUGUUGUUGCCUUUCACGGCGGGCACCUUCCUUUACGUUGGCACGGUGGCCGUGAUCCCCGAGCUGCUCGAAACUGGCCCCAAUAAAACGGCCGAACUGCGCAAGACGUUGGUGCAGUUUGCUGCCAUCCUGCUUGGAGCAGGCAUUAUGUUGUACAUCUCGUGGCAUGACUGAGUGACAGCUCGUUUAUGGUUCAUACUCGUCAGAUGCAUGUCGGCAACCCCGAACAUGGACGGUUAUUGAUGAGCCUUAGCAACCAAAACUCACAUGUGGAACAUGUAGAGAAAAGAGUCAUAGACGCCGAGCAUUGGCUAUCAUUGCGUGGUGGAGGAAAAGACGCGAGCAGGGACCUCCGUAGCUGGAUACCAUUUAGAGCCAUGAUCAUAAAAAUCUGGGGAUAGAGUAUAAAGUUGAAUUGGACGUUUGUAGGCCCUUUUUUUUUUUUUUCUUGGGAUUCGUUUUGGAAAUCGUUGCGAUCCUCACC